AUUUCGAAUGGAAUUGUAGAAAUGUUCGUCGACUUAUGGAGGAUUUAAAUAGCAUGCAGUAAAAUAGUAGGCUAUUUUGUUUAGAAACGCUGUGGGUUACCCACAGUCGUAAACUGUAGCCAAGCAAAAGAAGUUGAUGCAAGCCAAUUGCCGUCGGCGGAGUUGCCUGGUCAUUGGGAAACUACCCGACGUAGAGGAUCAAUUGCAUUCAAGGAAAGACACCUGAGUUGGAAAAACAUUUUAUCUACAGUUCUGCAAACUCAUCGCGCAGUAGGCUAAAACCUUGUUUGGCAGCGGGUCGUUUAUUUUGUUUUUAAGGACUUUUUUGUAAAGCGAUGGUGGGCAGACUAAACUUGCUGAAUGUAUGUUACGACGACCCAUUGGACAUGAGCUGCAAAGCCGAGCGGGGACUUGACAGCCCGGACUCCGGACUACCCCCCAGCCCCAGUCCGAGCCACUGGCUGCUGCCUGACUGCGGGGAUAAAGGUGCCAUAAGCCCUGUGUCUGAAGACGAGAGCAGAGGGUCAUCCUUGGUACGUAGGCUGUCGCACGUUUUACUACAAUUGUUAAAUUUCAUUGCGGGAUGUUCGCAGUUACUGUAAGGCGACGUUUUUGCUAAGUUAAAACAUUGUUUCCGAAGUAUAUAGCCUCUGAAUACGUUUCCCUUCGUAGCCCAUAUUGAAUCUGGGUCAUGUCAAUAGUAAAUCGGGUCAGUAGCCCAAGCCAAUCACGUUCGCCACAGUUACCAAGGAUUUUCUCCUUAUGUGAGUACUGACACUGUUGCCUGACUUUGCUUGCAGGUUCCCAUUUUAUCGAUUGGAUCUGUUCCGCAGCUGCACACCUUGUCCUACGGGGAGGGCAUAGAACUUGAUCCACUACCGCCCAAGAAAAUACGGUAUACUGUUUUGAAUUACUGCAUGUAGGCUAUGAGUGUGUGAUUUGAAAUUGUCUUAGCACUGUCCACUGGUUGCUGCAGAUGCCUCACUAUUUGUAUAAAUACCAUUUAACAAAUGUGGUGGACCACAGAUCAAAUGUUGCAAUUUUGUACUUCUAUCUGUAAGCCUGUGUAGGCCUACUGUUGCCAAGUGUAUUUCUUGGAGGUUUGCAGUGCUUGAGACCUCCCGGAUAUAAUUUCUAAAACUAUAUCAAGCUGAACAUGCAGUGAAAUGAAACUUGCCCAAACGUUGUCAUUCGUAGAUACACGUCGUCUAUCCACUAUGACUCAGAACGUCACUUUAUCCACGACAUGGCCAUGCAGCCCAGAGGCCUGGGUCUGGAGAACUGCAGCCAGAUGGUCCUGGCUGUCCCUCACAGCACCUGGAGACACUACAAGACCCAGCUGGACCUCCAGCCUCGGCAACGGGCCCAGCGCUUCCAGAGCACCACUAUCGUGUACCCCAAGCACGCUCGCACCAUCUACACCACAGAGCUGAGCUACGACAGCCGCCGGCUAGCCAGGAGAUUCAUGUCGAGCGUGGAGUUGGAGGCUGCUGACCGGAGUAGGCUACCCCAGUGAGGUUAGGGGAAGGCUGUGCACGGCCUGGGGGAGAAGUCCCAGGGCCCUGUGGGGCCCAACCAUCCAACAGGCUGACACCACCCGUGGACCCAAGUUACAGACAGUCGUCUAUUAGUUUAGAUUGGAAAGCAUCGUAGCCCAUGUUUGAGUACCAGGAAGAUGGAAGCCAUAUCUGGAGUAUCAAACAAAUAGCAGGGACAUCUGAGUAAGGCUGCCAUCUACCAAAGGGUUUAUCCAUUAGUAGCUAGUAAAGAGUUUUCUCUGGUAUGUCAAAGUUGGAUUCAUUUUAAUGCCGAGUGUUGAACUGUGGACUGAGACCGGUGAUUGUGUAUACUAUCGCCAUGGAGAAACGUAUAAACCAGAUUUGGAAGUGAAGGAUUGUAAGGGAAGUGUAGUCGGGACCAUCACUGUCAAAACAUUGUGUUUAGGCAUAACCAUCGCAGUGGGGCUCAAUGAACAAUGAGCCUACAUUAUAAGAUUCUAAGGCAAUAGUGGAGUUUCCAUGUGGUUUUUGUAAGCGUUCACAUUUGUAGGCACACAGGGAGUUGUCAAAUUACUGUAUAUGACUGGGCUUUAAAAUGUCUCUUCAAAUCACAGGGUAUUAUAGGGUAUUUGUUGCACAAUGUUACUUACCACAAGCAGAAUAUCCUUGCCUGGAUAGUGUAACACUGAGCCAUGUAUAGAGAUGUAUGAUCCUGGUGUAACACCAAACCCCAUCUUAGUCUUGCCUAAACAAACACAUUGUCAUCUACUGUAAGUAUGGUCAUGGAGCAGAAAGCCACAGCUUAUUUUCAUAUUGUGUAAAAGGGUUGCAAAUUACAGCAAGUUCUGUGUUGAACGUUGGGACAUUUCUUAUUUCCACAGAGAUCGUUGCAAAUUGAGGAAGUUGGUAAUGAGUAGCGAGAGAUUAUCCAAUGUGGCAUUAUUGUUCUCAGUUAUAAAGCUUUAGCAUUUUCCUGAUGGUGAAGUAUUGUUUUUACUAACACCUUGUGAACUGUCCCUCAACGGUUCAUUCUCUUCACCUAUCCCCUUAUGGUUGUUUCCACAGGUUUUGUUUUGUUAUGUAUUUAUUUGAUGCUCAUCAACUCCUUUUGGUAGCCUAAUAGUAAUACACGGGUAUCUUCCCUCAAGGUCCUACAAGGAUACACAUCUAGAGAACCUGAACUAUCUUGUGAGAUACCCAAAGUGCCUUAUUGAAGUAAAAUGAUAUUGCUUUUAAGUUCUGUUUUUAGUGUCUGUUUGAAAUAAAGACAAACUGUCUUUUUAUAUCAG